AUGCACAACUUCCACGACAUCAAAACUUUGAAGACAGAGACACCUCAAGCAGGACAGGAGAGCAUGGAUGGUGAAGGGAGUGCAUUAGACGAGGAGAAGAGAGACAAACCCAAAGGGAGAGACGAAGAAUCUGAAGUCUUCGAAGUGGAAGAGGUUGGAUACUUCCACUGGUAUGCUCCAAUGGAGAGUAGAGGCGCAAGAAGCCAGAUGAGGGACUAA